AUGCACAGAUCAAGAAUUCCAAAAUACUCUAAAGUGAAAGCCAGUGUGACGGGAUGGCUUUUCGCCACGACACUCGUCGCGGAAAAGCUCAGGGUGUCUAUUUUGGGUGCUCUCAUUUCUAUCACGGUAGCUGAGGUCUGCGCCUACAAACUCCUAAAGCAGAAUGUGAAGGCCGGCGAACUGCCGCCGUACAUCACCGAUCUCCUGAUCAUGCUCUUGGGACUUCUGGAGGCUGGAGUGUCACCGUUUGUUGGCUGCUUCGGCUAUAAGUGGCGACGUGCGGUGAUGAUGACAUCUUGUUUGGUUGCUGGCGCUGUAUCGUUUCUGUGGUUUGCUCUACCCGACGUGAACGUUCCCGAAAGCGUUGGAUAUUGCCAUGGCAACAAUACUCUAACAGCUUUCGAAGCUGGUCCCCGCACUCCUAUAAGGCUGUCCAUAAUUCUCUUUACAUUCAUCGUCUUUGGAGCAACGAGAUUGUUGUUAUGGUGCCACGGGAUCGCUUAUAUAGAUGAGCACGCGCCGUCCAGGCUGGCAAUGCAUUACGGAGUGUUGUCUGCUCUGCGAAUGCUCGGUUUGGUGAUGAGCUACAACGUUUUGACGGAGUUGCUUGAGACCAACAUGACUGCACAGACGCUGAUAAUAGGCAUAGGCCUUUUGGUGAACGCACUCCAGGUGUAUUUGAAUGUACCAAAGGUCGCGCCGGAGAUAGAGGACCCGGCGAAAGGCCCCACAGACGAUCUAAGUGAGACUUCGCCUUUCGUUCCUAAGGUGCCAGGUUCGGACAAAAGGGGCUUGAGGGCCAGCGUGGUGCGCGUCUUCUUCAAUACCUUGGCGAUGUCGCAAAUGGUGGCGAUGGGGUUGAUGGCUGCGGCGCUUUGGGGAUUCGCCUAUCACCAAUCCGAUUAUCUCAAGACAAAGUUCUAUCUACACGUGGAAAGGAACAGUCCGAUGAACAACGCUGAGAUAUUACGGAACCACGCCGUAGUGUUGGCCGUGGCGUACAUGGGCGUGAAGUUCACGCCACCGAUAAUGGAGCACGUGGUGAAGACGCAAGUCCUCGCCCACGUGGCGAAGAUGUGCGUGUUCACGUUGGUUCUGCACGCGCUGAUCGCCUUUGUGGUCAGCUGCGAGCGCGGAGAAGUGGCCGGCUUGGGAGAGCGCUACGUUCAGCCGCAGUGCAGUCGGGCUUGCGGGUGCGCACCUCAAUGGCAGGAGUUCUCGCCUGUGUGCGUGGUGGACCAGAUGACGACGUUCCUAUCGCCGUGCCACGCGGGAUGCACGGGCACUGAAGAGGUGGGCGGUCUGAGGGUGUACAGUAACUGCACGUGUGCGUCGCUCAGCCGACGAGCAGUGAGCGGUUCCUGCAACAGUAACGCUUGCAACGGCGCGCUACAACUGCACCACGUGCUCUUCGCACUUUUGCUCUCUGUGACCGCGUUAGCGUUCCAAGGCCAGGGCGUGGUGAUCCUCCGCGCCGCCGACGUGCGCGACAAGCCCACCGCCCUUGGCCUCACGGGGGCCAUUGUGGCCAUCUUCACCUUCGUGUGCGGCCACCUCAUCUUCCUCGGCGUAACAGUCGGUUCCUGCAUAUGGUGGGAGGGGGGCAGGUGUCACCUGCAGAGCAGCAAAUACCCGUACCUGAUCAGCGGCAUCAGCGCUGCGAUGGUACUGUUCUCCUUCAUCAUUACCCUCACCACGGUCGUCUACAUGAAGGUAGCGGAGCGGCGGACGAAGGCCGAACCCACCAUCAACUUGUCCGACGAGGCCGAAUGC